AUGACCACAAACAAAGUUAGAGGUUCAAUUUUUCCAUUAAUGAAAACAGAAAUAUUUUCUUUCAUUCCAUGUAGGGUGUUUCCGUGUAUGUGGAUGUUCUACGGAGGUUUUUCUAUGGCUGCAAGUGGAAGUGAUAGUAACAACGAUUCAAGAACACUUGAUGAGACACCAACAUGGGUUGUUGCUGCUGUUUGCACUGUUUUCAUCUUGAUAUCCAUUGCUCUUGAGAAGAGUCUUCAUAAAUUUGGAACGUGGUUAGGAAAAAGACAAAAGAAGGCUUUGCUUGAAGCUCUAGAGAAGGUCAAGGCUGAGUUAAUGAUUUUAGGAUUCAUUUCACUUUUAUUGACAAUUGGACAAAGUUACAUAGUCAGAAUAUGUAUUUCUGAACAAGUUGCAAACAAAAUGUUGCCAUGUCCACAUAAAUAUAUAGGUGAUAACAAAGUUUCAAGUAUAAAAGAAAAACAUAUCAGAAAACACAGAUAUUUAUCUGUUGAAACUACCUCCUACAAAUGCAGCACCAAGGGACAUGAACCACUUUUAUCUGUGAAUGGACUUCACCAGUUACACAUUCUCAUAUUCUUCCUAGCAGUCUUUCAUGUGCUUUACAGUGCUGUCACAAUGCUUCUUGGAAGACUAAAGAUACGAGGAUGGAAGACAUGGGAGGAAGAGAUUUCAAGUAAUGGAUAUGAGUUCGCCAAUGAUGCUACAAGAUUUAGACUCACUCAUGAAACAUCAUUUGUGAGAGCUCAUACAAGCUUUUGGACUAGGGUUUCUAUCUCCUUCUAUAUUGGAUGCUUCUUUAGACAAUUUUAUAGAUCUGUUCGUAAGGUUGAUUAUCGGACUUUGCGCAACGGAUUUAUUAACGUUCACUUAGCUCCCGGAAGUAAAUUUAAUUUCCAAAAAUAUAUCAAAAGAUCAUUAGAAGAUGACUUCAAGGUAGUUGUGGGAGUAAGUCCUGUCCUCUGGGCAUCAGCUGUAGUUUUCCUGCUCCUAAACAUUGAUGGAUGGCGUACUCCACUAUGGGCAUUUUUAAUUCCAAUAAUUAUAAUUUUGGCUGUUGGAACAAAACUUCAAGUAAUAUUAGCAAGAAUGGCUCUUGAAAUCACAGACAGACAUGUAGUUGUACUAGGAAUGCCUCUUGUUCAAAGUUCAGACAGAUACUUUUGGUUUAAUCAACCUCAGUUUCUUCUUCAUCUUAUCCAUUUUGCUUUGUUCCAGAAUUCAUUUCAAAUAACAUAUAUCUUGUGGACAUGGUAUUCUUUUGGGCUGGAAAAUUGUUUGUGUUUGGAUCACAAGCUUACCAUUAUGAAAGUGGUUUGUGGAAUUGUGAUGUUAUGCCUCUGCAGCUACAUUACACUUCCAUUAUACGCUCUCGUAACUCAGAUGGGUUCAAGGAUGAAAAGAUCAAUAUUUGAUGAACAAACAUCGAAAGCGUUAAAGAAAUGGCACAUGACUGUGAAAAAGAAGCAUGGAGUAGUGAAGUUAGGAAAGUCUAAAAUAGUGACCAUGGACGGUAGCACUAUUGGAUCAACGUUGCAAUCCCCUAGUCCAGCACUUCAUCGUUUCAAAACUACUGGUCACUCAACAAGAUCUUCAACCUUUGAGGAACAAGAUGAAUAUGAGUUAUCUGAUCAUGAUAUGGAAACUAACUUGAUUCUAAAAGUUGAUCAUGAUGGUGACCAAGAAGUUGAAGAUGUGCAUCAUAGUGAAGGAGAAGCUAAUAAUGAACAUGAAUUCAAUUUUCUCAAGCAUACCAUUAACAACUUUGUUUAA